GACGAGACGCAGACGCCGCCAAAUUCCUUCCGGCGCGCGCACUCAAAAGGGCGGGAAAUUUUUCCGCGCGCUCCCGCCGCUCUCCCCUGUAUAAAUCCCAAUUGCCCCACACCUUCGAUCCUCUUUCUCAGUCCCCAAUCCCCACCACCACCGUCUCCAGUCCACCACCGCUUCCCUUCAAAUGGGCCGCAAGGGUCGCAAGGCUAGGGUUUCGCGCGACGCCGACGCCGACGGCAGCGAGGAUGAGAGGGCCGCCGCCGCCGCUCCUGCCGCCACUGCGGGCAAGAGCCUCUACGAGAUCCUGGGAGUUGAGAAGACUGCUUCACAACAAGAAAUAAAGAAGGCAUAUCACAAAUUGGCGUUGCGCCUCCACCCAGAUAAGAAUCCUGGGGAUGAGGAAGCCAAUGAGAAGUUUCAGCAGCUGCAGAAGGUUAUAUCCAUUCUUGGUGAUGCAGAGAAAAGAGCUUUAUAUGAUGAGACUGGCAUCACUGAUGAUGACGCACUGGUGGGAGCAGCUGCAGACAAUCUUCAGGAGUACUUCAGAACAAUGUACAAGAAGGUCACCGAGGCUGACAUUGAAGAAUUUGAAGCUAAAUACAGAGGGUCAGAUUCUGAGAAAAAGGAUUUGAAGGAGCUCUACACAAAAUAUAAGGGCAACAUGAACAGGCUUUUCUGCUCAAUGAUUUGCUCAGAACCAAAGCUUGACUCCCACCGCUUCAAGGAUAUAAUUGAUGAGGCAAUUGCUGAAGGUGAGCUGAAGUCAACUAAGGCGUAUGAGAAAUGGGCUAAAAAGAUCUCAGAGAUGGAGCCACCAACAAAUCCGUUAGAGAGGAGAGUGAAGAAGAAGAAGAAUAGUGAGAAUGAUCUGAUCCUGGCCAUCUCACAGCGCAGGGCUGAGCGGAAAAACCAGUUCAAUUCCAUCCUUUCGAACAUCAUGUCCAAGUGCGACUCCAAGGCAAGCAGCUCGGAGCCCACGGAAGAGGAGUUUGAGCGGGCGCGACAGAGGCUUGAGAGCAAAAGGGCCAAGAGGCGCAAGUGAUGCUGCUGCCAGCCUUCAAUGCCAUACGCUGAACAUCGUCUGAAGCUUUAGGUGUGAUGUGAUUUUACCAGCAUGCAAGUGAUGGGUCUGAGCCAGUUUGAGCGUGUCAGGUUGUGUAUCAUAUCCCUUGUCCUCUGGGACAAUACAGUAGGUUGUAUGCCGAGAGGGAAGCUUUACCUGAACUUCAAUUUCGUAGCAUCUGGCAAGUACUAGUAGAUUGUAAUGUAAUGUUUAUUCUGAAGUGAGCUGCCUUCGAGAAGCUGGUCCCACUUAGAAGGCUCCUUAUUAGCCAGUUUGAGUUUAUUGAUUCGCCAUGGAUACAUAACAGGAAAAAAUUUACAUAA